AUCCAAAAUGACUUUUCCUAAAUGGCCACUGGUUUGAGCUUAGUGCGGAUUCAUCGAAGAGCACGAUGAGUAGAUGACAACAAGUGGCCUUUAAUCCAGAAAGGAUUCCUCUUCUCUGUGCUAAGAGUCUUAUAACCGAGUGUAAGGACACUGGGACUACAAGAAUCAAGUCAAGGACACGUUCACUCCCCCUCAUCCUGCAGGAAGAUGGGAGUGAGAAAAUAAACUGUGUGGAGUCAAGAGGGGCUUCAUGAAUUCCAAGGAAUUUUAAAACCAACUGCUUUCAUUUUUGUAUGUCUGUGUGAGAGGAUCAGGCAACCAUGUGGACAUUAGCUGCGACUGUCCACUGUCUUCUGGCUGCUGCGCUGCUAUUGGCUAGCUGCCUUCAAUCAUUGAUGGCCACUGAGGAUGAUGUCACACCGCGCAUCAGUUUCUCCUUCAAUGCAAAGGAAAGAUCGGCCAAGAGAUUCUCUGUGGACGGUGUCUUCAAUUACACGUCCUUGCUGCUCAGCCAGGAGGACGACAUGCUAUACGUCGGAGCCAGGGAGACGCUGUUUGCCCUCAGCCUCUCGGACAUCAGCAAGACCAAGCUCCAGAAGAACCUGACGUGGGGCACUCCUGCUGGAAAAAGAGAAGAAUGCAGCUUCAAAGGAAAGAACCUGGAGACUGAUUGCUUCAAUUACAUCAAAAUCCUCCUGCGGCUUAAUAGCACUCAUCUCUUUGUGUGUGGCACCUAUGCUUUCAGUCCUACUUGCGCCUACAUAAACACGACAACAUUCACACUGGAGAAAGAUGAAGUGGGCGAGGUUGUGAUGGAAGAUGGGCGCAGUCGCUGUCCCUUUAAUCCAGAUUACAAAUCCACCGCCAUCAUUGUUGAUGGUAAAUUGUACACUGGUACUGUCAGCAACUUCCAAGGGAAUGAGCCAGUCAUUUACAAGAGUCUGGGUCAGGGGACUGCUCUGAAGACAGAAAACUCUUUGAAAUGGCUGCAAGAUCCCGUCUUUGUUGGGUCAGCUUACAUCGAGGAGAGUCAGCCAAUAGGCAACCCCGUGGGAGACGAUGACAAGAUUUACUUCUUCUUUAGUGAGGCGGGAAAGGAAUUUGACUUCUUUGACAACACCAUUGUAUCAAGGAUUGCUCGCGUGUGUAAGGGUGAUGAAGGGGGCGAGCGGGUGCUGCAGAAGAAAUGGACGACCUUCCUGAAGGCCCAGCUGUUGUGUUCCCUCCCAGAUGACGGCUUUCCCUUCAACAUCAUCCAGGACAUGUUUGUCCUGAAGCCCAUGGGAGACAGCUGGGAGAGCACUGUCUUCUAUGGUGUCUUCACCUCCCAGUGGAAUAAAGGAGCAUCAGGCAGCUCAGCGGUGUGCGCUUUCACCAUGGCACAGGUGGAAAGAGCCUUCAGCGGGCGCUACCGAGAGGUCAACAGAGAGACACAGCAGUGGUACACCUACAACCAUCCAGUGCCAGAACCCCGGCCCGGGGCGUGCGUAACUAAACACGCCAGUCAAAUGGGUAUCAAGUCGUCCUUACACAUGCCUGAUAAAGUGCUCAACUUUGUCAAGGACCAUUUCCUUAUGGACAGCGUGAUCCGCAGCGCUCCCCUGCUGCUGAAACGCAGCGUGCGCUACACUCAGAUCGCCGUGCACAAGAUCCAAGGCAUGGAGAGGGCCUACGACGUGCUCUUCAUCGGAACAGAUGACGGAAAGCUCCAUAAGGCCAUCAAUGCCAAUGAUAAGAUGCACAUCAUAGAGGAGAUAAUACUUUUUCCUGAGCCUGUGCAACACAUCGAACUUGAUCCUCAGAGGGGUCUGUUGUUUGUGUCGUCCAAUUCUGGGCUGGUGGAAGUUCCUGUGGCCAACUGCUCCAACUACCUAAGUUGUGGAGAGUGUGUGUUGUCCAGAGACCCAUACUGCGCUUGGACCGGGCGGCUGUGUCGGGACGUCAGGAUGGCUCCACCGGACAGUCACUGGCAGCAGGAUGUGGAGGAGGCCGAUACAUCAGCGAUUUGCAACAGGACUUUUCCCAGCACAAGAUCUGCCAGACCAGUAGUUUCUCGUGGCUCCCAUUGCCAGCUCAUUACAAUCCCAGUCAACACAUUCAGAGUCCUGCCCUGCAAACUGCGGUCCAACUUGGCACAGAGGAGGUGGCAUUACAGUGACAGCGCCAGGCAGUUCCUCUACGCUACUCCAGAGGGAAACCUGGUAGUGGUGGCACAGGCCGACACGAUGCAGACCUACGAGUGUUGGUCAGAAGAGGAGGGUUUCCGGCAGCUGUUGGCCAACUACUGUGUGAGGGCGGAGCCCCGCCAGGAAAGUACCACUCUAAUUGGUCACUCGCGGACACCGCACAUUAAGCGAGAGGAGACCAUCAUCCUGCCGGGGGAGUCUCGUUCUGAGCAGGUCCACACAAAGACGUACUGGAACGAACUUAUUGUGGUGUGCACCCUGCUGGCGUUCUCCCUCGUGGUGUUUUCCUUGUUCGUCAUCUACAGGAACCGCGAUCAUAUGAAGUCCAUGCUGAAGCAGGGCGAGUGCCCUAACAUGCAGCAAAAGAAGCCAAGGAUUGUGGGAAAGCCUGCUGAGAGCUUACCCCUAAAUGGUAACACCAUCCCCGUUUCCACUUCUGAUCACAAGGGCUACCAGACGUUGAAUGACAACUACAUUUGCAGCACGCCCACCCACGAGUCCUCGCCAGACAACAGCAAGAGCUUCUCUGAGUCCUCCGACAGGCGGCCGCUUAACUUAAAGGAGAGCCACGUGGAAUACUCCCCAACCUGCCCUCGACCCAGAGUGAGGCUAGGCUCGGAGAUCAAAGACUCUAUCGUAUGAGAGCGCUGUAUUCCCUAAAAAGAUGCCACCCUGUAUCUCCAUGAAAGAUACAGGCCACCGAGCAAAGGAGAGGAGACCCUGACAUCUCUCUUCAUCACAGCACAUAUUUUAUUUUAGUCAUCUUUUGUUCUGUGAUCAGUAAGGAGGUCAUUUCAUUUAACCAUUUCCACUCCAAAGCCAGAGGUUGGUAUGGUGCACUGCAUAGGGCAGGAAGAGGAGGCAGCACAACAAGUCAUUUUCAACCAGGAACAACAACCAUGGCAGCUGCUCAGAAUAGUUAUAGGCUGAGUUAUUGAGUCCAUCUAAUGGCCACUAAAAGUGUGUGUGUGUGUGUGUGUGUGUGUGUGUGUGUGUGUGUGUGUGUGUGUGUGUGUGUGUGUGUGUG